AUUCUCCUGCUGAACGUCUCCACAGGUCAAACUCUGACAUGUGGUCCAUACGAGUAUGAGACACCUGGUGGAUGCUGUCCUAUGUGUCCACCUGGAAGAUGAAAACACUUUUCUCUGGGAGUGUGUUACCUGUCCUGGUUUGGAGUUACAUUUCUCUUGGUCCUAAAUCUGCGUUGGUUCAAACAGACGAGGAAUCUGUGCUGGUCUUCUGUUACAGAGAGAAUGAGACCUGGAUCAGCUGCAGUGUUUCUGAUUCUCCUGAUGAACGUCUCCACAGGUCAAACUCUGUCAUGUGGUGAUAUCAGUAUGAGAUAAGUUGUCCUGGAAGAUGAAAACACUUUUCUCUGGGAGUGUGUUACCUGUCCUGGUUUGGAGUUACAUUUCUCUUGGUCCUAAAUCUGCGUUGGUUCAAACAGACGAGGAAUCUGUGCUGGUCUUCUGUUACAGAGAGAAUGAGACCUGGAUCAUCUGCAGUGUUUCUGAUUCUCCUGAUGAACGUCUCCACAGGUCAAACUCUGACAUGUGGUCGAUAUCAGUAUGAGAUAAAUGAUCGAUGCUGUCCUAUGUGUCCACUUGGAGGUUGGGUUUAUGCAGACUGCACAGAGUCCAGAAGUACUCUCUGUAAGCCCUGCACUGAUGGAACCUUCAUCGACCAUCCGACUUCCCGUACACAGUGCUACAUCUGUAAAAGCUGUGAUGAAGGUUCUGGUCUGAAGAUGAAGACGUCGUGUACGAUAGUAUCAGACACAGUUUGUGAACCUCUGGAAGGAUUUUACUGCUCAGACUCUAGAAAGGACGACUGUGUGGAAGCAAGGAAACACAGACGCUGUGAACCAGGAGAAUACAUCAGAGAACACGGAACUUCCUCCACAGACACCGUGUGCUCGACCUGCUCUGAUGGAACAUUUUCAGACGGGACGUUUACAUCUUGUCUGAAUCACAAACAAUGUGACUCAGAGGGUCUAAAGCUGCUGAGAGCAGGAACUAAGACAGAGGACGCUCAGUGUGGAGGAAAAGUGUCACACAGGACUGGACUGAUUAUCUGUGUUGUUGUUGUUGUUGUUGUUGUUGUGAUGUUUUUAGUCUUUGUACUCGGAGUGUUUUAUUUCAGAUGGAGAAGGAUAAUUAGACAUCUAAUCUCAGGUAAGGUUUCCACUGUGACAAUGAAACAUGAUCAUGUUUAUUUUAUAGAUAUUAUGGUCUGUCUCAUCAUUUAUUUGAUUUUUAUUUCUAAUGUUUUAUUCCAGGAAACAGAAGACAAGCAGGACUGUCUCACCAGGUAUGUUUUAAACUCUCUUUACUGUCAAUCUGUUUUAUGUUCAAUGAUUUAAUAAAGUCUCUCUUAUUAAUGUUUCCCGUACAGGAAGGUGAGAAGUUAACCCUGAAGAGUCUGAAGUCAGAUGACUCCAAAGAGUCGAAGGUGAGCCAGCAGAGCUUUGAUCAAAUGUUCUCUGACUGACUGAGAUCAACUCUGUCCUGUUUUUACAGAUUUACUAAAUCUUUGAUUUAAACUAAAUCUCUUUUCUCCUCAGACGGUGCAGAGUGAAUCAUCUCCAGGAUCCUGUUCUGGUCCAGCUGCUGAAUCCUGACACACUGUUUAUAUCUAUUUAUUUGUAUAUAUCUGUUUAUAUAUCUGAUUAUAUGUAUAUAUGUGUUUAUAUAUCUGUUCCAGUUUUGUUUUUCUGAGACGAUGAUUGAACACAAACACUUUCAUCAGCGCUCCAUCGGCUCUCUCACCAUCAAGUUUAAAUCUUUUAGAAAUGAAAGACUGUCCCUUUAAUUUCUUGGGCCGGCUGUGGAUCAGUGGUGGUCGGUCGUCUCCCAAGUGAAAGGUUGUGGGUUCAAUCCCCAGCUCCUGCAGCAACAUGUUGAUGUUUCUUUGGACAAAACAUUUAACCCCAAAUAACUCCCUCUGCUGCAUCAUCAGGGUGUGAAUGUGUAAAGAUGAGUGUGAGCUGAGAUGAGUUCAGAUGUUUUUAUUAUGAUUUUUAUUAUAUUUUUAUUUACUUUUGGGUUUGUAAAAAAGCUUUUGUUGCACUUCAUGUUCAAAUAAUUCAUGUGAUGUCUUUCUGUUAAAGUCUUUAUUUCUGAUUGAACUAAAUGUAUGACACGAGA